CUUACAGUACAUAUCCCUUACGGAAUAGAUAGCUUUGUACAGUACAGGGAGCUGAAUACGGAUACCCCGCGCUAUUGCCUCAAGCUUCCAGUGGCCCAGCUGCUGCAGGAACCUUCAUCACUGCGUUACCUGGCAAUUCAGAAAAGACAAACUCACAAACAGCGCAUAAAAUAGCGGCAAUUUCCAUUUUACGACCACGUGGUUGAGGUAUGCACUGAUUAAAUUACGGAAUCGGUGUUUUUAUCCUCCAGCAACUUCGCGUCCUCGGCUUCCGAGCUUAUUGCAGCAUUACAUCCAUCAGCAGGUCAGGUACUUGCCAUCUUUCAGAUCCGGCUGUCUUGGUACCAAGUUUCGGAGGACGACCUCAAGACCCCUUCUAUAUUCUACUUUGCGAUACUCGUCCGCGAUCUUGACCUGAUUACCCGCAACUUCCGUGUGUUCGCACACUUUCUCCGCGAAGAUGUUUAACCCUUUCGACGCCGGCGGUGUUGAUUACCGCGGCGGCCUCCGGGUCCCUCGGGCGCAACGGUUUGACGAGUACUACCGGUGCUACCCCAUGAUCAUGGCCCCCGGGGCCGAGCGCCCCGAGCUCAACUACGGAUCCAAGAUCUUUCUGCCGCCAUCUGCCUUAGAUAAGGUGUCAAGGCUUCACGUUCAGUGGCCUAUCAUGCUGGAACUGAUCAACGGGGCGACGGGCAAACACACACAUGCCGGUGUGUUGGAGUUUGUGGCUGAGGAGGGCAGAGCGUACAUUCCACAGUGGAUGAUGCAAACGCUCCAGUUAGAUGUUGGGGACAUGAUCCAGGUCAAGACCACCUCUCUGGAGCUCGCCAAGCUCGUCAAGCUGCAGCCCCAGUCCGUCAACUUCCUCGAGAUUACCGACCCGCGCGCCGUCCUCGAAAAGGCAUUUCGCAACUUUGCCGCUCUGACAAAAGGGGACGUCUUCAACUUCGAGUACAACGACGAGGUUUACGACGUGGCUGUUCUGGACGUGAAGCCUGAAACGGAUAAGAUGGGCGUCAGCAUGAUCGAGACGGAUGUCAGCGUCGACUUUGCUCCGCCGGUCGGGUACGUCGAGCCGGAGCGAGUGCCGCGCGGCAGUGGCACCAGCACUCCCCGCAGCGUAUAUGGUGUGGGCGGCGGAGUGCCUCCCGGCGGUUUGAUGUACAAUCAGGGCACAAUGGCACAAGCGAUCAACUACGACGCCAUCAAACCUGGCGCAGCGGCGGCUUCGGCGGGUAAUUUCCACGGAGAAGGGCAACGGUUGAGUGCAAAGAAGGCCGGCAAAGCCCCGACGCCGAAACCCGCUGCGCCUGUGGCUGGAGCGUCAAAUGUUACCAAACCGCCCAAGUCUCGAAGUAACGGCCCCGCUCCGCUUCGUCUUCCGCCGAACAAGUUGUUUCUGGGGUAUGAGAUUAAGCCGGUCAAGACUGCAGAGGACAAGGAGAGGGAAGCAGCAAACGCCAAGCAGCCCCAUUUUGCCGGCCAGGGGCAGACAUUGCGGGGCGCCUUGAAGAAGAAAGGUGAAGCAGACGAUAAGAGCGGAAAAUAGGCAGAUCGAAUAUGGGAGACCGAGGUUACGGCCUAGAAGGUGGGAAGACUUCGGUGCUCACGGGAAUGUCCAGUGUCUUAGACAGUUGGUUCGGUUCAUUUGGUUGGCGUUGGGAGAACGGCAACUGGCAUUGGGAAUGGCAAUGUCUUGGGGAGCGCAAACCACGAAGGGACUAGAGUGAGAAACACAGAAUCAGCCAAAACGGACAGAGACGUUGCAGCGUUCGACUCACCAAGCCUUCCUGGGCGGGCGGUAUUGGAAGCUCAGGAUUCAAAGCAGUUGAGAGUCAGGGUAUCUGCCAGCCUACCUGUCUCGUGGACUUCUAGUGUGGCCAUAUUCCCGCAAGAAGAUGCCCGCAUCAUGUUGACGAGUCAUUACCUUGUGUUGUUACAUCUCGGCACA